AUGGCGAUGAGCGCGGAGUUCGUCGUGGCGCCCUGGCCGUCUUCUCCGCUGUGGCCUCUUUUCCGGCUGCUGAAGCUGCAGCUGCUGACAGCCCCGGAGCCUUCUUUGGUGGAGCUUUGCGGCUUUUCAUUUGCUGCUGCUGCUGCUGCUGCUGCAGUGCAGCUGCUGCUGCAGCUGCAGCAGACCCCCACCCCCCUGCUCUACGGCGCGGCCCUGGGCCCUGCGGACGCCGCAGCAGCAGCAGCAGCAGACGCUGCUGCUGCCCCCGAGAGCGACCCCCAGCAGCAGCGGCAGCCGCAGCAGCCGCUGCUGCUGCUGCUGCUGCUGCUGCUGCUGCAGCUGCUCAGCAGAGUGCUGCAGAACUUGAAGCAGCUGCUGCUCUUCUCUUUUACUCUCCGAAUUCUUCAGUGGAGUUCUCGGCGGAUAUUUUGGCCGCGGCUGUUUGAGCUGUACGUACACCUCAAGCCUUGGGGGGCUUCGCGGGCAGCUGCAGAAGCCGAAACGCUAGCAGACACACAGGAGAAGCCAGCAACAGCAGCAGCAGCAGCAGCAGCAGCAGCGUCUCGGACUAUUCGGCUGCUACCUGCAGCAGAGGUAGCAGAGCCAGCAGCUGCAGCGGCAGCAACAGCGAAAGCAGGAGCAGCAGCAGAAACAGGAGCAGCGGCAAACACGGGAGCAGCAAGAGAGUCAGCAGCAGCAGAAUCAGGACCAGCAGCAAGAACUGAAGCAGAAACACAAUCGGCAGCAGCAGCAGCAGAGACUGCAACAACAGCAGCAGAGCCAGCAGCAGCAGCAACGGCAGGAGACAGUAGUGGCUUCGGCUUCAAAGGCAGCAGCAGCAGCAGCAGCAGCAGCAGCGGCAGCAGCAGCAGCAGGAAAGUUGUGAAGACUCUGGUGGUGCUGGGCUCCGGGGGCCACACUGCAGAGCUGCUGCGGCUGCUGGCUGCUGUUGACCUGCAGCGGUUCCGCUGCUUGUUUGUUGCUGCUGAAGGAGACAGCAGCAGCAAAGCGGAAACCCUCGAGUUGCUGCAGAAACGCAGCAGCAACAAGGUCCCCAAAUCCUAA